CAAGCCCUCCGUCACUUUAAGCGCCUGCUGAAAGGCAUUUCACCGCUCCACCGGCCGUCUAGCUGCUGGGCGGACCUGCACCCUGAACGCAACAUUUUAGCACCAAAAAAAAAAAUAAUAAUAAUAAUAAACGUAACCUUUUUUUUAUACAUAUAUAUUUUAAAUUGUAUUUUGGCUCCGAGCUGAAUAAGGAGAAGAAACGAGAGACAUGGCCACGACAACCUGUACGCGAUUCACAGACGAGUACCAGCUAUACGAGGAGCUGGGGAAGGGAGCCUUUUCAGUGGUGCGCAGAUGUGUGAAGCUGUGUACGGGACAGGAGUACGCCGCCAAAAUAAUCAACACCAAAAAGUUAUCUGCAAGAGAUCACCAGAAGCUGGAGCGAGAGGCUCGGAUUUGUCGCCUGUUGAAACACCCCAACAUCGUUCGUCUUCAUGACAGUAUAUCAGAGGAGGGCUUCCACUACCUCCUGUUUGACUUGGUGACCGGAGGUGAACUGUUUGAGGACAUCGUAGCCAGAGAGUAUUACAGUGAGGCCGACGCCAGUCAUUGCAUCCAGCAGAUCCUGGAGGCGGUGCUUCACUGCCAUCAAAUGGGCGUGGUGCACCGGGACCUGAAGCCAGAGAACCUGCUCCUGGCAAGCAAAUGCAAGAACGCCGCAGUGAAACUGGCCGAUUUUGGCCUGGCCAUCGAGGUGCAGGGCGAUCAGCAGGCCUGGUUUGGAUUUGCUGGCACGCCGGGGUACCUGUCCCCUGAGGUACUGAGGAAGGAGGCAUAUGGCAAACCUGUGGACAUCUGGGCCUGCGGGGUGAUCCUCUACAUCCUGCUGGUGGGUUACCCUCCUUUCUGGGACGAGGACCAGCACAAGCUGUACCAGCAGAUCAAGGCUGGGGCUUACGAUUUCCCUUCCCCAGAGUGGGACACAGUCACCCCAGAGGCCAAAAACCUGAUCAACCAGAUGCUGACCAUCAAUCCAGCCAAGAGGAUCACUGCUCAGGAGGCCCUCAAGCACCCAUGGGUCUGCCAACGAUCCACAGUGGCAUCUAUGAUGCACAGACAGGAGACCGUGGAGUGCCUGAAGAAAUUCAAUGCCAGGAGGAAACUCAAGGGGGCCAUUCUUACUACCAUGCUGGUUUCUCGAAAUUUCUCUGUGGGCAGCAGGCAGACCACCGCUCCAGCCUCUGUCACUGCGGCCGCAGCAGCGGUGGCUGCAGCCGCCGGCACCACCGCAGGGCUGGUGGAACAAGCAGCUAAGACCUUGCUCAACAAAAAGGCAGAUGUCAAGAAACGCAAGUCCAGCUCUACUGUCCAGUAUAUGCCCCAGACAAACAGCACCAAAAACAGCAUAGUCACCAGCCCCAAAGGAAACAUCCCUUCACCUGCUCUGGAACCUCAGACAACCGUCAUCCAUAAUCCAGUGGACGGAACAAAGGAGUCAUCGGACAGCAGCAACACCACUGUGGAGGAUGAAGAUGUGAAAGGGAAGAGCUUAGACAGCAGCUCACUAAAGGCGCAGUCCAGCACAAGCUCCCAGCCUGAUAGCUCUCAGGGCUCCUCAGCUGCUGUGUACUCUGCUGCGAAGUUUGCUGACCUGCUGGGCUCAGUGCGUAGGGGCUCAGGGCCCAUAUCCGACGGGGAAGGGAGACCCAGCACACCGCCUCCCGCUGCCCUCUCCGCCCCCUCCCCUCCACACACCCCUGUUGUCCCCAUGCAGAUGUCUCGGCUCACAGACCUGGUAAGCAGCGUUCGCAGGGCGCCGGCGGCCCCUGCACCUGAGAGUGAAGCUGCACCGGCGCUGGUAUCUAGUGCCAGGCCCACCCCUCCACCUGCACACACUACUUCCCCACCUCCCCCUCACUCCCCCUCGAGCCCCUCCCUGUCUUCCUCCCAGACACGCAAGCAAGAAAUUAUCAAGAUCACUGAGCAGCUGAUAGAGGCAAUCAACAACGGAGACUUUGAGGCAUAUGCUAAGAUCUGCGACCCCGGACUGACUUCGUUUGAGCCAGAGGCGCUGGGCAACCUGGUAGAGGGGAUGGAUUUCCACCGAUUUUACUUUGAGAACCUUUUGGCUAAGAACAGCAAGCCCAUUCACACCACCAUCCUGAACCCCCACGUCCACCUGAUCGGUGAGGACGCCGCCUGCAUCGCUUACAUCCGCCUGACUCAGUUUGUUGACAGCCAGGGUCGGCCGCGGUCCAGCCAGUCAGAGGAAACUCGCGUCUGGCAUCGCAGAGACAGCAAGUGGCAGAACAUCCACUUCCACUGCUCAGGCGCACCAGCUGCGCCGCUCCAGUGAGGGUUGAAUGCUAUAGCUUUGUCUGUGAGGAGGGCUCUGCUGGAAAGAGAGAGGAAGAGGAAGAGCAGGAGGAGGAGGAGGAGGAAGUCCAGUGUCGGUUUGGGGGGACAGGGCUCCUCACCCUUCAACAACAAACCCUCCCUCAAUGGACACCCAGCCUCAACCCCCAGCAUGCAUCUCUUCUUUUACUACUACUGCCCCCUGUAUGUCACCUUCCCUACAACACCUUCUGACAGCCAUCAAACAACAGCAACGUAACGUCCUUCACCCCCCCCAGCUUCCUCUUCUUCCCUCCGGCACACUGGGUGAUUGGUGGGGGUGGGGGUGUUUAGAGCACUCGUGUGAUUCCUUCUUCCUGUCUCUUCCCCGUCCCCACAAUUUUUGUGACACCAACCCUCUUUGUCCUCCUGUGAAUCCACACUCGUGUGACAUAAACACUGCACUGGAAAUACAGUAUGUAAAGUUUUAAGUAAAAUCUAUUAUUAUCAUUACUAUAUUAUUAUUAUGAUUAUGAUUAUUACACAUUUGCAAUUGUAUAUGUAAUUUGUAUAAUUCGAAAUUCUUGAUGCCAGUGGUUUCUAGAGUUGAAGGAAAUCUCUUUUGUUUUGUUUUGUUUUUCUCUAUCUUUUUAAGGAAGCAUGUUUUUCCCCCAUAUUAACAGUGGCUGUUUUUUAUUGUGGCUAUUAAGUGGAAAAUGAUAUUAGCAGUUUUUGUAAUUUGCUUCUUGUACGUUAGCUAUAAUACCGCACCCAAACUCAUGGUCAACUUGGUUUUGUCUGUUUGUUUUUGUGCUUUUUUUUUUCCUUUUGUCUUUUUUCCUUUUUUUUGUCUUUUUUUUUUUUUUUUGGAAGGGGUGUGCCUGAUGGGUGUCGUGUGAAGGUAGAGAGUGAGUCCUUGCAUGUGUGCAACUGUGGUUAUCUAAGGCAGACACAUAGCGCGCGCUAGUCCAAAAAAAUAAUGACUCUGUACAGUUGGAGAAACCUGUUGUUGUUGUUGUUCCCUUGUUGCAAUGUGAACGGCCAGAGGAGGGGUUAGCAAAGCUCAGUAUAUAAAAAAACAAACAGCGUGCAGUAAGAGUUUUAUGAUGAAUUUACUUUUCCAUCUCGGUCUAUAAUCCUAGUAUGCCUUGUGCUCCAGCACCCUGAACAGUGAGGUCUAAAAAAAAUGAAGCAGCACCGUGAAGAUGCAUAAGAAGAAGAAAACCAUAUUGCUUUUUUCUGUUAGCAACAGCGUUCCCUUCCUUGUUUUAUAUUGUUGCCUCCAUGAGGAAAAAAAAAUGUUUUUCAUUAUGUGGAGAAGCAUUUUCUUAAUAUAACAAGAUACUUAAAAACAUACCAACUUAUUUUGUUUUAACAAAAAAAGUAUGACAGCACAUCUCCUCACCUCAUUAUCACAGAAGGAAAUAUUACAGCAGAUGAUGUCAAUGGUGGCAUCUUCACACGGUUAAUUUUGUCCAACCAACAGUCCAGUCUCCAAAAUACUACAUUGUCAUUAAUGUAGGACCAAGAAAAGCCAUACAUUUUCACGUGUGAGAGCCUUGAACAAGUUCUACGUUUUCUUGAAAAACAUUUUUAAUUGAUUAAGGAAAUUGUUGCAGAUCUAAAGAAAGGCAGAGAACGGCUUUUUGUUACGGUGAAAUGAUUUGGUAUGUUAUGAUAAUGACUAAAAUAUGUCUUAAAAUACAGUAACAUCAAAGUAUCUUGCUGUAAUUACGACAGUUCUUCAGACCAGGAGACUGAGCACAGGUUUUCGGUGACGGUGGCACUGACAUGCUGCCAUACUUCCCAAACCUCUCUGUUCUCUUCCCCCACAUCUCUGCCAUCACGCAAUGAUAAUUCACAGAAAUCUCAGUGAGCAGCAGUUCAGCCUUGCCCCCCGCCCCCCGCCACCUUACCCCCCAGCUACUGAUGAUGGUGGUGCUCAGGGAGGGAGGGGAUGCGCUGCUGGUGGCUCCUGCUGUUGCUAGGCGACAGCUGAAUACCCGCUUGAAUGCUCAGUGCUCUUUUACUAAAAGUUUCAGAUAUUUUUAACUCGCUGAAGUGUCGGUGCAGUUCCCCGUUUUUGUUUUGUUUUUUUAGAUUCUGUAAAAAUGUCGAACAGAAGAAGUCAGUGCUCUAAAGAAAGGAUCCCGGUGGAUGUGUGUCCUUUCUCACUUCCAAAGCCAUAGUGCAGAAAGCUGGUGCUACUGCCUGUUUGUCUAUGGGGAAACACACACACUUAGGCCCAUAUCAGUGUUGAAGAAUAAAGGAUGUGGAUGCUUGAAGCUUUUACAAGUGGUAGAAUUUUUCCACCGUACCAUGAUGUUCAUGAAUGUCUGUCGAUGUGAGGGUUUCAUAGGGCUUCUCUGUUCUGUGGUCUGCUUCCUAAUUUCAGGACAGUCCUUUGCCACAGGGUGCAAUACUUGUGUGUGUGUGUGUGUGUGUGUGUGUGUGUGUGUGUGUGUGUGUGUGUGUGUGUGUGUGUGUGUGUGUGUGUGUGUGUGUGUGUGUGUGUGUGUGUGUGUGUGUGUGUUGCGUGUGUGUGUCUGCAAGCAUGUACAGUACAUCCAUUGCUCUCAGUGUGUAUUCUUUACAAGCCUGGGGGAGGGGGGUAAAUUCUGGGGGUUUGUGUUGAAGAAGAGAUGAUGGAAGGAGAAGGCUUUAUUUCGGAGGACAUAUCAGUCCCCUGCCUUCAGCCCAGGACUGUUUUUCUUAUGAUUUGAACACUUUUAUUUUUUUCACGUUUUACAUUAUGUUUUUCAUGUUUUUACUCUUUGUUUUGCUCUUUGAUUUUGUGUUACAGUAAAGUGUUAUCAGCUUUUCAUGAUAUAAAGUGCUUGUGCCAGCGGUGGCAGGAUUGAACGGAUGGACUUUGCAGCACUGAAGACUGAUUUUUGUGGGGGUUUGACUUGCGAUCAGCUCCACUGUACUUUGCUCGUCCACCAUUGGCUGCCUUUUCAUGUGUCUCGCCCCUAUUGGUCAGACCAAGAUAUUAAGAGACCGGGCAGUCCGUUUGGUGAAUAGUCCUCAGGUUUCUAUUUAUUUUGAAUAUUUAUUUAUUUAUUUUAGUGGAUAUUUUUUAUUGUGCUUUUCUUUCCUCUCUUUUUUUGUUUUUCUUUUUCCCCGUUGUACAGCUCAUGCACUUGUGCAAGUACUGUCUGUUGUUCAAGGGACACUGCUCCAUGUAAAACAUGUUUUUAAAGGGAUAGUACACCCAAGUUGCAUCCUGCAUGUGUUUUUCUGUAACGACCAACAUGGUGUGAAUUACUUUUUCUUUUUCUGAUGUUUUUCUUCUGCAGCUUCAGAUUUACGCUGGCUUUGAUCUUAUUUUUGCAGUUUUAUGGUGUCCUUUUUUUUUUUUUUUCCUUCCACUUAGGUCACAUUACCACUUUGCCAGAGUGGGACAUCAGUUACUUUAAAACUUGUAUAAUACAGGAUUGUGUUUUGUGUGAACUAUCCCUAUAAAAGCUUCAUCGCCCUUUUUUGAGGCGAUGAAGCUUUUUUUCAGAUGAAAGGGUUUUUUUUCCUUCAAGGUGAAGCACUGACUCGUUGUAUUGUACUCAUGUCACAGUAAUAAUGUUCGUGUCCAGUUGACCCUGAUGUAAUAGUAAAAGGUCAAAGGUUACCUGAAGGCGUUCAUGCGUGAUCGUGCUAACCAGACAUGACCCCCACCCUCCUCCUCCAAAAAAAAAAAGAAGAAAUAGCAGCAUGCACAGUACAAAGGUGUUGUUCUUCUGUUCUCCUUAGUGUGUUUACUAGCCUUGAAAAUCAGUAUAAUAAGAUUCACAUAUUUAAAAUGAGGGAGUACACAGUGUUACACAACUGCAACUAAUUAGCAGCGUAGCUGGCAUUUUCUUUGCAUGACAGUCAACAGGACACUUGUUUUUUGGUGUUUUCCUUUUUAUUUGGUUUCUCAUUUUCUACUGAAUGCUGGUAUACUCGACCUUUCUCUAUCUAUUUUCUCAGCUUUUUAAGUGCAUAUAACUAUUUUUGUCUCAAGAUGAUAUAAUGAAGAUGAUUAUGAUGAUCAGGAUGAUUAUAUUGAUGACUGUGGCACUUAGGAUGACUUUGACGAUGUUGACGGUGAUAAUGAUGAAGAUUAUUUCGCAUGCUUUUCUAUGGGGCUCUGUGUUGUCAGUGCAGAAUGGCUGCCUUUUGUACAUAGCUGAGAGAAUACGAGCAGCACGUGUUCACCAUCAGCGGCAAGAGUGGCCGGUGCUUCUCUGAGCCCGCAUGUGACUUUGAGGAAUGGCACUGGACUCCCACUGACAGAUCAGAAGCGUGAAUGAGCUCCAGCAGGGGGCGCAGUCACACUAAAUAAAGCACAAACAGACACAGACGUAGGGCAGAGUGAUGCUUCAAAUGUAGCUGCACAAUAAGUUAAUUUUAGAGUUAAAUCUAACGGAUCAUCCAGUCAGAGACAACAGCAGUCUAUCAACGUAGAAUAAGAACCAGCUUCUAUGGCGAUUAUUGAUCAAAGCUGCACAGUCGUGACUGAAAUGGCACCAAUAGCACUGGUAAAUCAUCAUUACAUAUGAAUUAUCAAAGCUAGAAUCAUGAAUGAAAAAGCUUAAUUGUGCAGCCCAACAUAUAAACUGCAGUAACUGUCCUCCUCUAGUGCUGCCUUUCCGUCAGCUAUUUAAUCAGAUGAAGCAUUACUGAGAUAAACUGGAGCCACUGUGUUCACUCUGAACCUCUGCCAUCUUCUUUCUCCAGCCAGUGACUAAGUUGCACUGACAACACUGAGUUGGCUUCUCUUCGUAGGGUGUCUUUCACUCUUUUUCUCAGUCCCUCUGUUUUCAACCUUAUUCAGUCAUUUCCCUGCAGUUGGGUCUUUCUAGUUCCCCUUUGUCUCUUUUUGUCAGUUUGGGUUUCUUCUGUAUAAUAAUAUUAAUCCUCUAGUUCUCUGAUUCUUCGGAUUAUUGCUCUGUUCUCUUACGUGCUACACGUGUUUCUCUAACUUCAAGAAAAUGUGUUAAGGUGUUAUCAAUAAAACUGACAGUUUAAAUAGAAAAACCAAUGUCUCUCUGUGUGUACAGACAUGUAGAACUGCAGCAUAGCUGGAAUGAUUUAUUGAUAGAAGUAACUCAGGACAUAAAUUGUUGAUCAGAAUAUUUACUCACCACCAAGUUUUUGAAUUUAACAUAAAGAAGAAACAAAAAUAAAGAGAUUGAGUUUGUUCAUAUGGAUAAAACAGAAAUAAUUUGUUGAUUUCCAUGUGAUUGUGCACACU